AUGGACGGCGCGGCAGCAGCAGCAACGCCUCAGUCUUCUCCGUCUAGCACGCGCGCAGCUGAAAAGGAGGGCCGUGCUGCACGUCCUCAGCCGCAGCUGCUGCAGCAGCAGCAACUGCAGCAGCAGCCGCAGCAUUUUCCGCCGCCGACGCCGCUAGCUUCCCCCAGUUCUGCGUCGCUUGCUGCUGCAGUUGUGGCUCCGCCGCAGACGCACGAAGUGAGCAGCACCGGCGUGGCGCUGCUGCACCAAGAGCUGCUGCUGUACACUUUGCGGCGCUGCAGCCCGGUAUACAGGGCUUCCGAUGGGCCAGCGGAAGCAGCAUCAGCUCGCGGCCGUCCAUCUUCCGCCACCUGCGCGUCGGGCGCAGCAGCAGCAGCAGCAGCAGCAGCGGCGGCAGCGGCGCUGCCGCUGCUGCAGAGCAGCGGCUACCGCGUGGGCAGCCGCGUCGCCGAGCGCCUGACCCUCAAGUGCUGCCGCAUGCCCGAGCAGCGCGAGUGCGUCAAAUUUGUCUGCAAAGAUCUUUGGCAUUUUUUGUUUCAAAAGCAAGCUGACAGGCUGCAGACAAACAGGCGGGGGGGCUACGUGGUGCACGACGCGAGCCUGCCUUGGCUGCGCCGCGUGCACCCGCUGCCGCCGCCCGCAGCAGCAGCAGCAGCAGCAGCAGCAGCAGCGACGGCCCCCGGGAGCGCCCCCGAGGCGCUGCUGCUGCAGCAGCACGAGGACGAACUCCGCAGAGCUGCUGCUACGCAGCCUCAGCUCCACGUGGCCUUCGUCUGUGGGGCCAUUCGGGGGGCCCUCGCAGCCCUGGGCCUCGAGUGCACUGUCACAGCCGAAGUCCCAAGGCCCCCCAGCUGCGCCUUCCAGAUACGCAUAUCUUCGUAG